CGACGGGGGAAGCGCCUCACCGGGAUUUCCCCUCCGCCGCUCAGCGCCUUCUCGCGGAAAUUCACGGCACUAAUCAGUUGUCUGGGGAUUUUUUGCUCAUCGCGUUCGCAAUGUCGUCAAACAAAACGAUAAAUAAUGUGAAACACAUUCCCAAAGAUGCCCAGGUCAUCAUGUCCAUUCUGAAGGAGUUGGGCGUAACUGACUACGAGCCACGAGUGAUAAAUCAGCUCCUGGAAUUCACUUACAGAUACGUGACCUGCAUCCUGGACGAUGCGAAAAUCUAUGCCAAUCACGCCAAGAAGAAGUUCAUCGAUCCAGAGGACGUAAAGCUGGCGUCGCAGAUGGUGCUGGACAAGACAUUCACGAGUCCUCCGCCGCGGGAUGUGCUGCUGGAUCUUGCGCGCAGCAGAAACACCGCUCCGCUUCCACUGAUCAAGCCCCACUGCGGGCUGCGCUUGCCGCCGGAUCGCUACUGUCUGUCGUCGUGCAACUACAAGCUGAAGGCGACAGCACCGACGAAGAAAGUCACCAAGCCGGCAAUUGACGCCCGGCCGAACCCACCGAAGCCGCCGGGAAAGCUGGGCGCGUCCGCAAAUUCGACAAUAAAGCGUCCGCAGACCAUCACAACGGUGCCGAAGACACAAAUGGUGAGCAUCCCGAAGCCCGUGUUCAAGUUCAGCUCGGCAAAGCAGGCGACGAAGGCCAAAUCUGGCCAGCAAUCAAUAAUAAUCUCAGACGAGGCGGCGAUGAUCAAGGUUGAGGAUGACGACGUCCUGGGAAUGCCCACGAAGCGACGCCGGGACGAUGAUGACUUCGAAGUUGUUCCCUGACGCUCUCUGGCUGC